AUGUCGGGUUCUACUGCUUUUUCCAAUUGCGAGCAAAACGACGACAAGGAUUAUGCAAAUGAAGCCGAGAGAGGAAAACCCCAUGAAGAGACAGAAAAUGGCCCUGUAGGGUUUUGGGAUCCAUCCUUGAGACAGGUGCGGAACCGAGCGUUUGCGAAAUGGACUAUAACAACUGCCGCCGUCUUCUUCGAAGUUGAGCAACGAAUCAACCAUCUACUCGUAUAUGUUGUGGACUUUGAUGGUGUCCCUCCAUACGACAAUACUGGAAACCCGUCGCUUGUUGGGCCUACGAUCACGCGCCUGGUGGAGCAGCAAUUGAGUUCGGGUCAACUUACGCUGGGUUUUGGGAUUCGUCCUCCUUCGGAUUUCGAAAACGAUCCGUUGCAGGUCAGACAGGCCGUGUACAACUGGGAUGCCUGGGCUGCGAUCAUCGUCAAUCUGAACGCGACUGCGAUGUUGUAUUCUGCUAUUGCGACGGGGAAUACUUCCUACGACCCGCUAGGCGCCUGUCAGUUGGUAUUCCAGGACUCGCGAGAUGAUACCAAUUGGUACAAUUUCAUGUUGCCGAUUCUCAGCCAAUUCAUGGCGGAGGCGCAAAGCAUGGUUGGGCGACAAUGGGCUCAAUUAGUCCUCCAAAACGCUUCCGAUCCAACGACACUGCGCAACAUGGAGGCUGCACCCCAGGCUAUAAAUCCGGCUAUCGGGUUCUCCGAGUUCAAUUUGUGCCCUUUCUAUCCUUACACCGGGAUACCAGCUGUCAGCAUCGGCCUCAUCUACCUGAUCAUCAUAUCUUUCUUCAGCUUCUCCUUUUAUCUGCUCAUCCAUAUGCAGUAUAUCAACCCGAAAGGUCAUCCACCACUCAAGUUCUACCAGCUUAUCAUCUGGCGCUGGUGCGCGACGAUGUGCGCUUACUUUUUUCUUUCGCUGGCCUAUUCCUUUGUCUCCAUUGAGUUCCAGGUCAGCUUCACGCUUACGAACCCAAUUACAUCUGAGACGCAAGUUACAGACAUUGCAUACGGAAACCCGCCGGGAUAUGGGCAUGGCACGUUCCUCGUAUACUGGAUGCUCAAUCUCUUCGGCAUGAUUUCGCUGGGAUUGGCAUGCGAGAAUGUUGCCAUGGUUGUCAUUACAAAUAUAUCAACGAGCUUCUACGACAUCGAGAUCGCUCCCAGCUUCUAUCGGCGGGGUUAUGCUUGGCCUUUACACUCAGGAUGGAAGACACAGAGAGGCAUCCACGAAUACUGGCCGAUGGAGUAA